AUGGACGAAUUCUAUGACAUCGGCUACACGAAGAGAAGAAGAACGAUAGCAAAGCUUAAACGAUAUUACUCGAGAAAGACCGUGCAGAAAGCGGUAGAGAAUGGACUGGUUGCCCUAGUCGCAGAUGGGAUACACAAACUCCCUCCAGAAGAGCUUGGCAAAGACGGCCAACUGUAUACCAUCCACGGAGUUUGUAAUAAUGGCAUUGACGUCCCACUGAUACACGUCCUUAUGAAAAGAAAAAAUCAGUCCGCGUACGACAAGGUUUUCCGAAUGGCCAAAGAAGAGGCCUUUCGCGGACAUUUGGAGCAAUGGGGUAAGGCAGAACUUAGGACAAGCAAUAUCGCGGAGUCUUACCACAGAGUUCUGAGAGUCUUCACAAGGGAAAAUUGGGCCUCAGUGCGCAAUACAAUCAUGGCUCUAAAAGGGAAUGAUAGAGGGGCAAUGUGCAAGUUGAGGAACAUGGAAAGGAGGAUAAUACGCCGCUUGCGGAAGAAGGAUUUGAAACGUUGCCAACGCAUCAAAAAUACAUGGAACUUCAUCGCACAGAACCUUUCAACCAUGCUUAUCUACGCGAGUUCUAGUUAG